AUGGGAAUGUAUGGCAAGUGUGGAAACCUAGAAGCCUCAGCCACACGUGGUUACGCUCGAGAUACGUUCGUAGCCACUGCACUGCUCGACACUUACAGCAAGUGCGGAAGGCUGGAGGAGGCACGUUGCGUAUUUGAAACACUCAGCCUUGGAGACCGCAACGUUGUUUGCUGGACUGCCAUGGUCUCCGCCUACGGGCAGCACGGUUUCUUUGGAGAAGCGCUGCUGUAUUUCCAACUCAUGCAGCUCCAGGGUGAAGCUCCAAACAAGGUGACAAUGGCUGCCGUGCUGACUGCUUGCUCGAAAGUGGAACUUGAAGCUGAUGAACUCAAGAGCGUGAUGCGGGUAUACCGGUGCUGCGUCGAACUUGGACAAGAUCGAGAGCUCGUGGUUGGAAAUGCCGCUCUGAGCGUGCAUGCCAAACUGGGAAACUUGAGGGAGGCCCGUGAGAUCUUCUCUAGGAUGUGGACUCGCAACGUUGUCAGCUGGAACUCCAUCCUGUCGGCCUGUGCUCAAGUCGGAGAAAGCAGGGAAUGCCGGUGCCUGUUUCGACAUAUGCUGCUGGAGAGCGACUCCAGACCUGACAACUAUACCUUCAUCACCAUCCUAGGCGUUUGCAAGCAGAGCCGAGAGGAUCUAACUCAUGGAAGGAUUCUUCAUCAACUUGCCAGGGAGAGCAGCGGCAGCCUGGAUCUUAUCGUCGCAACAGCCUUGGUUCACAUGUACUCGGAAUGUGGAAGCCUCGAGGACGCGGCGACGACUUUCGGCACGAUACAGCAGCCUGAUGUGGUGUCUUGGAAUGCGAUGAUCUCGGCCCUGUCGCACUAUGGCGAGUUCCAGAGAGUUUUCGACUUGUUCCAGCGGAUGAAAGACUCCAAAGUUGCUCCCGACAGCCUCACAUUCGUUGCGGUCCUGAAUGCAUGCACCGCCAACUCGGAGCUCGAGCUUGGCCAACGUGUUUUCUCCGAGGCAGUCCGGGCAGGAUUUGGAGCAGAAGUCGCAGCAGCCGGCAUCAACCUGUUUGGAAAGUGUGGAAAGCUGGAAGCCGCAGUGGAAACGUUCCUGACGCUAGUGCCACACGAGAAAAGCUUGCUGGCUUGGAACGGACUGGCCACGGCGUUGGCCCACGGCGCAAGGCCGAGCGAAGUGAUCCGAGUGCUCGAGUGCAUGCGGCUAUCGGGCAUUGAUCCGGACUUGGUGACUUUCGUGAGCGUUCUCUCCACACUGAGUCAUGCCGGAUUCGUGGAGGCCUGCUGCUACCAGUUGAGCUCCAUGAGCACGGAUCACGGCCUUACUCCAUCGGCUACACACUACUGCUGCGUGAUCGACGUGCUCGGCCGGGCUGGAUUGCUGGACGAGGCCGAGGAGAUGGUGGCCGUCAAACUUAGAAACAGGAGGCAGGAGCUUUCAUCAUCCCGAAGUAGUGGUGGCAGUGGUGAUGACCCUCUCGUCGUUCUCUGGACGAGCUUCCUAGCUGCGUGCGGGAUCCAUGGAGACUCGGAGCGUGGGAAGCGAGCAGUGGAGAGAAUUCUCGCGCGCCAGCCCGAGGAUGCUGCAACGUACGUAGUCUUGUCCAACAUUGCUUCUCUGGGAGGAACGUAA